AGGGCUGGCUAGAGAGCACAGUUCAUUCAGCCAGCCAGAAGGCUCUGCUAGUGGGGUGUCAUCAGCCGGGACUGAGACGUGUCCGCCCACCGAUGUUGCCGAGUCACAGCUGAAGUCACAGAGCUGGAGUGAGCCGAAUGCAACCAUCUCUGAGAGCAUCUGCACCGAACAGGACCGUCUCUCUCACCCCUGCCAGGAGCAGCAUGGCGCAGCAAUUUCACCUCUCCCCGCUCACCCUGAACAGAGCUCCAGCAACACAAACGGAGGGCUGAGGGCUGAUCACAAACAGAAUUUAGAAGAAGCACUGUCUUUGGGACACACUUUUGAGAGGUCGUCCAUCACAGAGACAGAGAAAAACUGCAGCCAAGUCGUCUUGCCUUUAAUCUCACCUCAGCCUCUGACUACUUCACAACAUAUCCCAGGCGAACAACAAGCGAGCAGCAAUCAACAGGUCCAGCCUGAAAGUAGCACAACAGACACCAGGACAGCCGAAAGUGCAGCUGAGUUCAAAGUCAAAGCCCAGAGCAAAAGAGAAAACGGCAGAGCCAACAACAGAGUUCACUUUGCAGACACUGUGAAACAAGAAGGCAGCUCCUCCGUGGAUCUCAGAAAUAUGCCGGUGCCAGGUAUGGACUGCGCCUCUUUACCUCCACUGACUGUGCAUGAAAGUUUGCACCAUCCCGUGGUUGAGGCCAGCUACACCUUUACAGACUUCCUCAGCUUGAAGAAGCCAGAAAUUGCCACAAAUGCAGCGUCUACCAAGGAUGAACCAGCAAUACGGAGCUCAGACGACUCUGCAAAGCCACAGAAGGAUGCCCAGUUGGGGGCUAAAGAGAACAUUGGCAUAGAUCAGUCUCUUAACUUGGAGAAAAACACUGUGGAUUUACAGUCAAUGACCAAGGCCUGCUCAAAACAGCCUCCAUAUCCCAGUGAGAGGAAUCAGACUGGUGACCUUUUACAAACAGAAAGUGCCACCUCUGAGGCAGAAAGGAACCCAGCAGAUGAGGAGCAGGUGUCAGCAAAGGUGACAAAGCAAUUAGAGGCGGAAACUGAGAAGGGUGCUGUAAGCCCGUCGUCGACUGAGAAAGAGCUAGAUGAGUUACACGCUGACUCUAAAGGCUCGGUCAAGCCUCAGGAGUCGCCUUUAAUACGUGAUGCUACUGAAGGUAACCAACCUCUCUCAUGUUUGCUGCUUCCUGCUGAUGAUGUCACCUGCAAGCUCUCUACAGAAACAGUGAUCCCGACCUGCACAGCCGCUCCUCAGACUUGUGACCCCAUUUAUCAGCCUCCCACACAAUUAGAUCAAACACCUCCUUGUGGACUAGUUACUAUAGAUCCCAUGACAGCUAGUGAGGAGCCCACGGUUGACUCUGCUGAUCUGACAAAGGAUGAAUCAGCGACUUCACAAGUGACAGCCUCUGACCAGUCAAUUCCUGUUACAGAGCAAUGUGCCAGUAAUUCUUCUUUUGUGUGGCAGCCUCCUGGCCCGAUGUUGAGUCACUUGGAGUUCAUUAGUGACUGUGAUAUCUCUUUUCCUGAGCAGACUGGUAACAGCGGUGCUGAUGGUGACAGCAGCAAAGUCUUUGGGGAAGUGGAUGGCAACAAGAGUGGGGACAUGACACAAACGUCUAAAGCACAGGACCUGAAGCAUGGGGAUGUCAGCGUUAAAAUAAAUGAGACUAGUUUGAAACUGGAGGAUAGAAAUGAUGCUAUGGAGUCUGGCGUUGAAGUUGAGAAUUCUGUGAUUACCAGUGUAGAUGUUUCAACCCAGUCUCCUGGUACAGCGGUUGUACUGGCAAAGGGUGGGUCUGAUAAUGUAAUUUCUCUAUCUCACGCUGAGCCAGGCCCUACUAGCAUUGGACCUGUUAUUUGUGAAGCAUCCAUUAAGGAUGACCUCAUCAAUAUCAGCUGCCCACUCAGCUCUGACCUGCCCAUCAGCAAAGCUAAUGAUGAAAUUAAAAAAGACAAUAUGAAAGAGAAAAUGGGCGAUGAGACCUCUGUGCUGUUUGCAGAGGGAAAUAAAAUAGUUGAAGAGGCAACAAUAGACAAUCAAAAGGAAACAGCGGACAGCAGCAAGCUGAAGACAGGAAAGACAGGCACAGCGUCACAACAGAGUAAUGGGCCAGAUAAAGAGGCUGGAGAGAGAAUUGGAGGCCUGAAGCCAGCACAUGAGCAUAAAAUUCAGAAGACUGAAUCACCAAUAAGGGACAUAAAGGAGCUAAGGAAGAGUGGCAUUGCAUCUAAAAGCCAGACAGAGAUGUCUUCUUUAUCUCCUGACAGACCUGCAGAGCCAUUUGAGUCCAUGCUAAGUGCUGAGGCAGAGUCUCGUUGUGAUCCGCAGACUGUUUAUGACGAGAGUUUGAGCCAAACUCCGAUAUUGGAACGCAGCCCUGAUAGGGACACUUCACCAGAUUUGAGUGCAGCUCUCGGCCAAUCACAGUCCACACCAGAGCCAAACUGUUUUGCUCAGCAACAGGAGCAACAGCAGAAGCGUCUGGGAUCCACACAUCCCACAGAGGGAUUGUCAGGUGGCGGUCUAGAGGGUGGAGAAAAGACUAACAGUCAGGUCAGGCAGACCCAGACACUGGUUCCAGGGCUGAAUGGGGUAGGGGAGGGAGGAGGCGCCUCUGUGGGGAGUUCUUGUCUGUCAGGGAGCAGGGAUAAGUUGACAGGUGAUGACAGCAGUGGCAAUGAGCGAUUGAUAGGUCCAGAGAAAGCCAAGGGAGAGGAAGCGCAAGCUGCGGUUGACAGGGUUUAUGCGCUGUCUCACCUUGCCAGUGAUUUAAAUGAGAGUGGAAGGGCUGCUGAGAGAAAUGCCUCGGCUGACAUUGUGAGCGUUACAGCUUGCUCUCAUGUAGGUGAGACAAAACAGGGGAUAGAUGACAAUAAAAGCCCCGUGUUAGGGGGAGUUGGGCCAGAUACAGAUCUAAUGCCAGAGUUUGUGAGUGAUGUGGGUUGCAAAGGUCAGCAAAAAAUCAAUCUAUCAGCUGCCUGUGAAGACCAAGGAGUAAAACUGGAGAUCUCAAAGAACACUGCUGUGUCUGUUGAGUCACAGGCAUCACAGGAACACGAGACUUCACCUUUCCCAAUCUCUGUUUCAUCAAAGGUCAUCACAGAUAGUCCCGGCAUUCACACUGCGGCUAUUCCAAGUGCAAUCCAGGCUGAAGAAAUUCACACAAAAGUAUCCUGUGCUUCCACUGAGCAUCCAGAAACUGUGGAAAAUGGCUUCAGUGCAGCUGUACAAAACAACAGUAGUGAGGCUGAGGAGUGUGAAAUUCAGGGUACAGUGUGUGAGUCUGUCUUGCUACAAACAUCCGAUAAAACCUCAGCAGCACAAAGCAGCCCAGUAGUACAAACAGCCAUAAAAGGCCCUGAUGGAGAGGAGAUCACAAAGGAAGAUAAAGCAGCUUUGGAUGAAGGGAAAGCUAGCAGCCAGGGGACGGGACGAAGUGAGAUAAAAGCAAUGAACAAUGAAACAAUGAAAAAACAGGAGGUCAUAAAUCAAACUGAGAGUGCCUCAAUCGGUCUUUCUGAGGCGACAGAAGAGGACAAUAAUAUAACAGAUGUAAUAACUCCUGAUGUUAUCACAGUCCCAUCUUUCCUUUCAUCAAAGCACCCAGAAGAUAUUACAUCGACCCCUCCCUCAGUCCCGAACCAGUCAGAGAAGCCACAGGAGCAGAUGUCAAAGCCCCAAAAUGGUAUUGUGGUAAACGCUGUUGUUGCUGCCUUCCAUUGUGAAAGAUCACUUGAAAAAGCUCCUGUUGAACAAGUGUCUGUGAAAGCAAAAUCCACUGAUGUUUCAGAGAGUCCUGCUCCUGGAUUAACAGCCAGAGAACCUGAAACAAACUGGAUACAAGCUCUAAAAGAAGCUGCAUCCCUCACUCAGUGUAAACAAGAGAACUCAAGACCACUCCCAUCCCUGGAGUCUCCUCAACUAGAGUUUCAUACUCCAACUGAGGAGAUAGCUGCUCCGCAGAGACAGGAGGAGACCCCACCACCAGAGCGAGCAACAGAAAAGACAACAGAGAUCCCUCCUCCGAAUCUUGUGAAGAAGCCAGUGGAUCUUCCUAAACCUUUGAAGAAGACAACAGAGCUCCUAGAACCAGCACAGAGCACAAAAGAAGAGCUCUUGGAAGAAACAAAGAAAGUAGAGCUUUUGGAAGAAAUAAAGACAGUAGAGCUCUUGGAAGAAACAAAGAAAGUAGAGCUCUUGGAAGAAACAAAGAAAGUAGAGCUCUCGGAAGAAAAGAAGGAAGUAGAGGUCCUAGAUGAAAUAAAUAAAGUUGAUCUCUGGGAAGAAACAAAAAAAGAAGAGCUCUCAGAGAAAACAAAGAAAGAAGAGCACACAGAACCAACCAAGAAAAAAGAAGAGCCUCCAGUAGAGCUCCCAGAAUCAUCACAGAGCACAAAAGUAGAGCUUUUGGAGGAUAGAAAUAUAGUAGAGCUCUCAAAAAAAAUACAGCCCUUAGAACCAAUCAAGAAAGAAGAAGAGACUUUAGAAGAGCUUCAUGAACCAAAAAGAGAGGCAGUAACUUCAGAAGUUGUGAAGGAGCCAGUUGGGCUCCCAGAACCAACAAUAAGCCCAGAAGAGCUCCAAGAACCAACAAAAAAUGAAUUAGAGCUCCCAGAACCAACAAAAAAUGAAUUAGAGCUCCCAGAACCAAAAGAGAAUGAGGAACCAGAACCAACAGAGACAACAACAGAGCCUUCAUAUCCAGAGAAGAAGCUGACCAGUGAGCUGCCAGAAGAGCGAGUGGAAAAACCUGCCGAGAUCCCACCUGAGGAGCCAUUUAAAGAGCCAACAGUCCAGGAUCGUGCAGAGGAGUUACCAGACAGCGGGCCCUCCCUCGCUGAGCGGGCAGAGAGAGGUGACCGUGCCCCUGCAUCUCCCCCACCUCCUUCUUCCGAAUACCACAUCCCGCCUGCCCUCCCUCCUCCCCUUCAAGACACCACAGAGUUCCCCACUCCUCCUCCCACACCCCCGGAGAGACACGCUCCUGAAGCUCUACCGACCCCACCUGCAUCUCCCUGCCUCCCUCCUCCUCCUGCCCCUGCCUCCCCUCCUGCACCUCCUUCUCAUUGCGAGGACCGCAGCCCUGCUCCUGCACCCCGCCACCCCCCUUUAAGGAGCUCAGACUCUGAUGGAGCAUUUGAGACCCCUGAAUCCACAACUCCAGUGAAGGCUGUUUCUCCUGUAGAUCCCCCAGCACAGCAACUAACAUCUGAAAACAAAGUAGAAGACACCUCCGUCAAUGAUCCUGCCUCUGAAUUGCCUUCAGCUGAUCGACCAUGCCGUUCCCCAUCCAUUGUUUUUGAUGAGAACAGGCCCAUUGCAGCCAGUGGCCAAUACAACAUAGAGUUAUUGGCUGGAGAUUCAAGUCACACUCUUACCCGUUCACUUAGCUUCCAGGGAGGAGAACUAGACAGUGGUGGUCUGUUGGACGGAUCAACAGCGGGAGGCUUCCGUCCACAUUCUGAAUCCUUCAGCGUAGGCACCGACAGCGCCCCAGGGACGCUCCACAGACCCAAGAAAGUCCGUCCUGGGUCUUUGAAGAAGAAGCCUCUCCUCAGACAGAACUCUAACCCAGAGAGUCCAAGGCCAGCGUCAUCCAGCAGCACCCCAGAGGUCAAGAAGCGGGCGAAGCCUCGAACUGCCAGCCCUCUCCAGGCUCAGGAGGAAGCAGAGGGAGGAUCUGCAACUCCGAGUCCUGGAGGAACUCUUCGCAGGACCAGGAAGAGCCGUGUGGUGACUCCUCCUCCUCUGCCGGAGGAGACCAAUCAUACCAGCCAAGAGGAGAGCCUUGUUAUCCCUACCUUACCCCUGUGCCACGAGGAGACCCCACUCCCUGGUAGUCCACCGGUCAGAGACGAAUCCCCCAUCCCUCCUAGUACCUCUUACAAAUGGGAUCCAGAUAAUUUUGAGAACAUCGACCCUUUCAAGACUGGAGGUAGUAAAAUUGCCAAUUCCCCUGUCCUUGGUCGUAAAGAUCCUGUGUCUGCCCCCAUUACAACACCUCCAAAGAGUCCCCCUGUCCUGGCUGUGGAGCCGUGUCCCCCAGCUCCUCUUGAAACGCCGAUCAACAACCCCGAAGAGCAACCCAUCCUCCCAAAGCGUCAGUCCGUAAGGCUGGAGUUUGACUACUCUGAGGAGGGCAGCGAGGCACCACACCAGGCCUCUCCCCCACCCAAGAAAUUGGGCAAGAAGCCCGGUGCCAAGAUGCCUCUGAGGAAACCAAAGCUCGGGCUGAAGAAGGCCCCCCCAAUGCAGACAGAGCACCUGGACAACAAUCCGCCAGAAUCUCACAAUGGCAAUGAGAAUGAAAUCUCUGUUCCUGCUGCCUCUUACAACAUUCAACCUGACAAAUGGGAUGAUCCGAACUUCAAUCCAUUUACUACAAAGAGAGGCAUCGCCAACUCCCCCAAACUGUCCCGGCCGUCUUAUUCCUUUGACCCCAAUAACUUUGAUGACUCCGUAGACCCUUUCAAAUCUUCCAAUAAGAUGGCCAACUCCCCUCCAAAGGCCUCUGCCUCCUUUGAACUGUCAUCCAAUGACUAUGACAAUGAAAAUGACAAUGACAAUGUCGGAGAACUGGAGGACCAAAACCAGAACAAACCGGCCAAGAAGAAGAAAACUCCGAUCAAAUCUAAUACUUUCAGAGUGAAGAGGUCGCCAAAGAAAUCCCCAUUGUCUGACCCAUCCGAGGAUCCUUCGCCGGCAGAUGAAACACCCUCCAUCCACCAACAGGAUGACCACGCCACAGACGAGGAGAAGCUGGCCUCCUCCACCAGUCAUAAGUGGACAGCCCUGCACGAUGCAGAUUUGAACUCCGAACAGCAAGACUUUCCUCAGCCGUGCGACCUUACAUCCUUUGUUAACGAGAACAGUCUUCCUCAUCAGACUCCAGCGCAAGACUAUGAAAUUGAGUACAUGGAGAAGCUUGGCUCCGCUUCACCCCCACUGUCUGUGAAGAAGCCAUCUUUGUACCUGAAGUUGGAUUCUGUGUCUGACAACUUGACCAAGAAUACGUGUGCGCAUGGAUCUGAACCCAGCUCCCCCUGCACUGGGAGUUUUGAGGAGAUGGAAGCCCAGAUAACAGCGGGCAUGAAGACACCGGUGCUGAGCUCCCGGCCUGGUCCCGAGGGCUCUGUUGGGGACAAGGGCAGGAAGAGAGAGAGCGAGGCACUCAGCCGAACGCAGAGCACAGAGAGAGAUGAGCAGCCCCCUAGUGAGGGCCCCGUGGAGGCCCCUGCUCCAGCCCUGGCCAUGCCCCUGUUAGACAGGCUGUCUGAGUGUGAUGACCUCCUGCAGUACCUGGAGCCUGACCUGGCUGAGACCAACCCCACAGCAUUCGCCCAAAAACUACAGGAGGAGCUGGUGCUUGCCGCCCUGAGGAUAGAGGCUCUGCAGGUAGCCAAAAACAUCUCUCAGUGCCCCUCCCUCUCCACUGUAACCCCCCAGCACAGAGACGUGUCAUCUCCAGUAGAGAGUGGAGUGUCCAAGAAUUCACUGUACGCCAGGACCACCAGCAGCAGCAGCUACAUCGAAGGGGAGAGCCCCCACCUGCCCAGAGAACUGGACCACUCCCUGGGAAUUGCACGAGAGGAGAUUGUGACAAAGGAGAAAGAAGUGCUGGAGUGGCAGAGGAAGUAUGAAGACAGCCGACAGGAAGUGGUGGAGAUGAGGAGGAUUGUUGCUGAGUAUGAGAAGACGAUUGCACAGAUGAUAGAGGAUGACCAGAAAGAGAAGUCUCUGUCUCAUCACACCAUCCAGCAGCUGAUCAUGGAGAAGGACCAGGCCUUGGCUGACCUCAACUCCGUGGAGAAGUCUCUUGCCGACCUCUUCCGACGCUACGAGAAGAUGAAAGACGUACUGGAGGGCUUUCGCAAGAAUGAAGAGGUUCUGAAGAAGUGCGCUCAGGAGUAUCUGUCCAGGGUCCGUAAGGAGGAGCAGCGCUAUCAAGCCCUGAAGAUUCACGCAGAGGAGAAACUAGACAAGGCCAACGCAGACAUAGCUCAGGUGCGGGCCAAGGCCAAGCAGGAGCAGGCCGCCUACCAGGCCAGUCUGAGGAAAGAGCAGAUGAAGGUGGAUUCUCUGGAGCGCACUUUGGAGCAAAAGAAUAAAGAGAUCGAGGAGUUGACAAAGAUCUGCGAUGAGCUGAUCGCUAAGAUGGGGAAGAGUUAGCGACCACACCCAGGCCAAAUCUCACAGAGAAGAGAAAAAUCUACCACUCUUCUAAGAAAUGAUGGACAAUUAAGGCCAAAAUGGUCUCCUACUGACUUUGUGUAUAGAAGAUCCACAGGAAUGACUUCCCUUCCAAUCACUCUGUACAUUUUUGAUGUGUCAGUGUAACGUACUGUAUCAGGGGUCUGGUUUAAAGUUUUAGAAAAUGUAUCAUAUCACUAAUGAGUGCGUCUGUGCGUGCGAGUGCGUGUCUGAGAAAGCGAGAGCAUUGUUUGUGGGGUUAAAUUAAUUAUAAUGAUGUUGCCAUGACAGCCACUGAGGAGGAAGACUGUUUACCCGUUCCUGUUGUUGUCUCCUCUUGAUAAAAGAGAAAGAUAGACUUUGAAAAAGAGUCACAGAGAUUUAGUUUCAUUCAUUCAAAUGUUGAUACACCACUAAGAGAACACGAACCAUCACGAUAUCUUACUGCAUGUGGGAGAGAAAGGAGAACUUGUAAUGGUAUAUGUUUGUAAAUACUGUAGGAAAUUCCAAAAAAACUGACUGAUCUGCAUUUUUGAUAGUUACUCCGUCAUCCUCAGCCCGCGUCCCUCAUGUAACCUUGUAGAUAUUUGUCAUACUUGUCAUAGCUUUCUCAACGAAAUUGUGCGACUAUUUUUUUGGAUUUUAUUUUGAUAUAAAGCAAACUAAUCGUUACUGUAUUCAGUUGUGACCAGGAGUAAUUUAAUUUUGGAUGGGUUAUGUCCUAGUUCUGCUAUGGUUCGUUGUGUCACACUGAGGUAUAACUCCCUCUGCACAGCUGCUGUACAGCAUCUGCUUAUAAAGUGCAAUAAAAGAUGGCAAUACAGCA